GUGGGUGUCGGCGCCUGGUGCUCAGAGACCAAGAGUCCAAUGGCUGGCCCAGGGCGGAUGCUGCUGCUGCUGCAGCUACUGCUGCUGCUGCUGGGGUCCUCUGGAGAGAAGAGCCUGGCCCACAAGGGCAUCGGCGAGGCCUGUGAGGACCACCACGAGUGCCAGAGCGAUUGCUGCGUCACCAACAGCCUGAACCCACAGAGGUUCUGCACUCCCCAGACCAUCUUCUUGCAGUGCCUAUCGUGGCGCAGGCCAAAUGGGUACAUCUGCUGGACCCACGCAGAGUGCCAGAGCCACUGCUGUGUCAGGACUAGCUUCCAGCAGAGUUUGUUCUGCACGCCCAAGACUAUCUUCCUGCAGUGUGUGCCCUGGCGCAAGCCGGAUGGCCAUUACUGCAGGAGCCACAGCGAGUGCCGCAGCCAAUGUUGCAUCCAGCUGAACGAAGACAGCCCAUACCGCUGUAUCCCACGCACAGGAAUCCUGGCCCAGUGCCUGCCGCUGUGACAUGAACACGAAUUUGUGUCCUGAAGAACCAAUCCUGGGCCCCUGGAUGCACACUCUGGACAUCAUGGUGCUGGGAGUUGGAUUCAGGGCAAAGUGUCCCCCAAGGUCCGUGUGGUGCUUUCUGUUACUCCAGAAAAUCUGUAGGUGCGAGGCACCAAGUGCCUGAGACCAUAGUGUGAAAAGAAGCAUUCAUAAGAA